GUCAUCCAGAAUUCAAUUUAACUUUACUAAAAGACCCCACGUUAAAUCGCGUCUUUUCACUUAUGCGACGCGUCUUAGGAUUUGGUUCUAAUACUUACGAAGUCACAACUUCAGCAUAGAAUCAUUACCACGAAAAUGGCCUCACGAGGAGCACAGAAACCGUCUUUGGCAUUAAAAAAGCCGGUAAAUGAUAUAGAUAAUUACGACGUCGACGAUGACCCCUUUGCCGAAUCUGGAGACGAAGCUCCUAGCAAUGACACCGCGCAGUCUAAGAAGCGUAAAGACGCUACCGGGCUAGGAAUUGACGAGGCUGUAGCCGUACAGAAGAAAGUCAGAGUCCCAAUUGUCAAGCUAGAUGAAGGCAGAUUGCUAUCCGAGAAAGGCAUCCCGAGGUUGCGAAGAAAAGCUCGAGAUUUGAAGUUUAAAGGGAAAGGACACGAAUUUUCUGACGCCGCUAGACUUCUCUCCUUUUAUCAAUUAUGGUUCGACGACUUAUUUCCUAAAGCCAAGUUUUUAGACGCUGCAGCUAUGGCGGAGAAAGCAGGUCACAAGAAAUAUAUGCGGAUGAAGCGUAUGGAGUGGAUCGAGGAAGGGAAACCCAGACCGGCAGGGCUCGACGGAGAUGACGAUGACCUCUUUGGCGAUUCUCACGAUCAACCAGAGGAGCGUGCACCUGCAGUGUUCCCUGCUAGGAUUGCUCCCAUAUUCCAAGAUCGGGGAAGUGAAAGGGCGCACACGCCUAUACGAGACGAUGUGCCUGAUGACGAUGAUGAUAUAUACGGAGCUACACCGCAACCAUCGAGGACAACACAACCCACAAGUAAAUCAUUAAUUGGAAGCGGAAGCGUUAGCACAGGGCCUACGAGCGCAUCCCUAUUCGGAAACGGUGACGAGCCCGACGAAGACGACCUAGACGCACUGAUGGCAGAGGAAGAAGCACAGCGUACGAAACCUACUUUUGUGUUUGGUAACGGUGGUGGAAAGCCCAAUCAAUCCAGAGACGAACCAGACGAGGACGACUUGGACGCAUUGAUGGCUGAAGCUGAAGCUCACCACGAACCCCCAAAGCAAAUCUCUACUCUUACAGCCAGGCCAGCACAACCUAGCGCAGAUAACGAUGAAGAAGAUGAUCUAGACGCAUUAAUGGCGGAGGCGGAAAAUCAGGAGCAAACAAAGCAACCUAUAGAUUCGACACCUAAAGAAGCAAAGGAGGUAAACCAGAAUACGGCAGAUGCAGAUGAAGAGGAAGCUAUGGCAGAGAUGGAUGGAUUGUGGUGAGAGGCCAAAACUGCACUGGGUAUGAUUUAUUGUAUAAUGAUGCAUGCAAGGGUGUCUAGGUUGUUGUUUGUUAUACCUAAUGGGCGUUAAUACCUGAACGGAAGUAAAUGCCUUUUGAUAAUGCCUAGUAACUAUAUCUAUUUUACGGUUGCCAAGGCCUCAUGAUGCUAUAAGUAUAUCAUAAUUAACAAC